CCGGGCUACGCCGCGCCGCGCCGCAAUACGAGCCCGGCGGCAGCUGCGACCCCGGCUGCUUUCCUCGUCGUCCGCCGCCGCCGGGGACACCCCUUCCCCGGGACGUGCGGAGGAGAGCGCGGGCGGCAGCACUCGGGGUGUCCCCGCAUGGAAUCGCUGCUGGGUACGCUCGCCAGAGAGCAGCACCAGGGAGAAAAGAUGGAACGGCAUCUGGGGAAGAUAGUGCACACCCAGCGGAAUCUCUUCGGCCCGGUAGACCACGAGCAGCUGCACUGGGACUUCCAGCACAUGCUGCGCAGCAACAUCGAAAGGGCCCAGCAGAAGUGGAACUUCGAUUUCCUACAGGAUGUGCCAAUGGAAGGAUUCCUGCAGUGGGAAGAGCUGAGGGGCCAUGAGGUGCCGACCUUCUAUCACAGCUGCGUGGUGAGAGAGAGCCGGAGGCCACUGCGGCACCUGAACCGGCCCCUGUGCAGGGAGGAAAAGGCUCACCGGUUGACCCUGACAGCACUGGCAGAGAAACCAAAGGCUUCCAAGCAAACAGCAGUUGGGAAGGUCCCAGAAGGAAAGAGAAGAAGGCAGACGUCUUUAACAGAUUACUACUCAGGGAAGAAGCGAAUCAGGAUGAAUACACAAGCUGCUGCAAAGAAGCCAACUGCUCGAAAGCAAGCAUUGGUCUGUCCUGUACCAGAGAGGUUACAAGCAUCUGCUGGGUUUCCUCAGCAUUGAGAAACUUCUGUGCAGGAUUGGACCCUUAAGGACAUCACGCUAAGGUGUAUAUUGAUGACAGUGAUCUCACAAAUACAAAAACUUUUGUUGGAAUGAGUUCAGGCCAAAUCAACUGGAAACACUUCAGUGAGAAAUUACUAGCCUUAAAAAACACUAGUUAGCACAUGUGAACUCUACAGGAUUCGGUGAAGUUUAAUGUGCACUAAAAAUCACUGGACAUGAGAAAAUGAUGAACACUUUAAAAAAAAAAACAAAACAGCACCUCUAUGUGUGUAAUGCUGUUCUUGGACAUGUCAGUGUACUGUUGGGAUUUUUUAUAUUGUUAUGUCUUUGCAUAUCCUUUUUUUUUCCUUAAAGCAGGGUGACUCAUAGCACCAUCUCAUUUUUACAGAUCUGACAACUAAAAAUAAUUCCCAGGCACAUCUGUGGUUUUUAUCAGGUACAAAAUUUUUUGCUUACAGCUAUUCAGAGCAUAAGUAACAGCACUUGGGUGCCAAGUAUUACUGGAUUGUAAAUGGAGAAAGCUGAAAUUAUUUGGGAAAGUUUCCAUUUAUAUCAGCAGCCAUGUUAACUCUGUAUGUCUGCCCACCAUGGAAGAUCUGGGUAGUUCAGCUUGUUAUGAGUACAUGUUUCCAGAUAUACUCUUGCAUCUUUCAAGUCAUUCCUAUUAUCAGCUGCGUAAAAAUUCACUUGUUAUUUUCAGCUAUGCUACUCCAUCUAGGACUUUGAAUUUGCAGUGUAAAUUAGGAUAAAAUUUGCUGUGCAUUCAUCUACAGUUUUCAAAAAUGCCUGCUGCUUGUAAGAACGUGCUACAAAAGAGGUAAACUAUUUAGUUGCUUUUAGUACUUUUUUCAUACUAAGAUUGUUUUUGUAAGAAGAGAAAGGGCAUUAAUAACACCUCUUGACAUUGUGUGGACCGCUUUUUCUGUGGCAUUUAUUAACAGACUUUUCCAUCACCUACUUUUUAUUUCCCUUUUUCAUUCCCCUGACUAGUUUGGAUAACUGAGGUUUUACAGCACAUAAUAAUCAGUGGGUAAAACAGAAAAAGAAACCUAUAAAAUAUACACUCUAAAUUAUACUGCUGCAUAUAGCCAUAAGAUGCACGUGAUGUUUAAUGAACACAUUUGGUAAGAGCUUUGUAAAUGUCAGCUUUUUUAGGACAUUGUGCAAUGGUGGAAUACUACUUUUCAUCUUGAAUCUAAACAAGCCAAGGUUUAUCUUGGGCAGGAAGAGCCAACAUGCGCAUGCAUGUGCAUGUCAGUUGUGCACACAGCAGUUGAAGUAAGGAAGUAAUACAUCCUGCACUGCACGCAAUGUCAGGAUGGUUUAGAGCAUUUAUUUUUUUCCCAUUAAGAGCUACAGUGAUCAGAUGUAAAUAAUGUUUGCCCCCAAAUGGCAAAAAAACAGCGAUGAUUUGUUUCUAUAUGCUGAGACAAAUAUGCUCAGCAAAUUGCUCUUGGAACCUGUUUCCAGAUGCAUGCAAGAGAGUCACAAGAAGAGAUUUUCUCUCCUGGGUUUGUGAUGUAAUGAGGAAUAAAACUUGCUCCAGCUGAUGUCAGAGGCAUUUUUACACAGCUGAAGCCAGAUAAGUGUCAACCUUGGCAAGUGCUGCUAGUCAUGCAUUCGGUGUGUUUAUGACUGGACCGCUCUGUAACAAGCUUCUCACCACGUUGAGAUAUAGGUGAGCAGUUGGACAAUUCGUGUGAUUAUUUUUAAACUCGACUUGUGAUUAGAACAGACUAACCUACAUUUUUUUAAGUGUAGUGUUUUUCUUUAAUCAGAAAAAUUGCACAACAGUUUUCCCAUGUGCUUGUGACUUUCAAAUCAGACCAAUGACACUGAGCUACAACUUUUUGUUUUGUUGCAAGGUUACUUGCAGAAUUACUUUCUGACCAGGAUGACAUGGGUUGUGCAUAAAAGGCUGUAAGUUUGUCAUGGACAUGUGAAGUAGUGUGGGGUCUUUUUCUUUCAAGAGGAGAAGGGGUGCUUCUCCUUAUUAGGGGUGACGAUGACUGUUGAUGCAUUGCUGUCCCAGAAGAGCAAGGAAGAAUCUUUGCAUUUUCACAUCAGUUCUGUAAUACCCCACUGCUUAAAUGGACAUUUAAAGUGAAAUAUGUGCUUCAAAUACUUUGUCACCAGGACUCAUAAUGUCCUAUGAAUUUUGUUGAAGGGUUAUUUAAAUGUUCAGCAACAGGUUUUUUUUUGGAUAAUAGGGCAGAUACUGGUCUUAGAGUUGAAUGUCAGAAUUUCAGAAAGAAAGGUAAAGGCCCUGGCUGAAAAUGCAGCUUGUGUUUAUUGCAUCUUAAUUAGCUAUGACUGUGAAUUCAGUAGUAGGUCAGAAAAGAGAUUUCUGACAAUGAGACAAGGUAGUAUCCUUCUGCUUGCUGACUGUGCUUACUAAUGUUCUUUUCAUUUCAAUGACAAAAUUCAUUUCAAUGACAAAAUAUUGGAAAUAAGUGUACAGAACAGAUAGGGCAAAGGAAAAGUUUUCAUGCCUGUGUUUUCAAUUGGAAAUUCUCAUACAUGCACUACAGGUCCUAAUCGCCUGCUUAUUGUAUCUCCACUAACCUGCAGUGGAAGUGCUUUGGUUUACAGCAGAAGAGAAUGAGGUUGAGUAGUUUUGCACUAGUUCCUUUAACUACCUUAAAUCAACAAGCAGCUAACCAUGUGAAGUCAUUGCCUCUUUUCUACAUGCACGAGUUUUUAAAGAUUUAUUAUUUAAAAGAAGGUUUCUGCUAUGUUUUUUUCAUGUGUGACAGCCAAAAAUAACAACAAAAAUCUAAUUAGUGUCUGAGUUUAAUCAUCAACUGAGCACAUAAAACAUAUCAGUCUUUAUUUCAUUACUGUGCUCAACAGAGAAACAUUGAAACAUGGAAUAUUUCAUUAUUUUGUUCAUGUUGUAAAUUGCACUUUUUUGUUAAACAGACUAUACAGAAAGGGAGAUGCAUCAUUGUUUAGCAACACUGUAAUAAUGAUAUUUUGUUUUUAUACAAUGGAUGUCUAGCACAUUCCUGUUCUUCAAGUGAGGCAGCAGACCUGACUGAACAAACAAUACGCUGAAGCUUUGAUCUGCUUCACCAUGGCACAAUCAACAUACUGGAUGCACUAAGUGUAAUUCCAUACUAAAUCAGGUCAGGGCUUCUUUGCUGACCUGUGAAUUGGAUCGACAGCAUGGGUGCAUGCCUUUCUAUCAAACCUCACAACUGUUCUCUCUUAGAGGCAAGGAGGUAUGUUCUGAAACAUAAGGAAUCAGAGCAUUAGGGAAAUGAUAGCAGCACUGUUUAAGGUCUUAUGCAGCUGAGUAGGGGCUGCACAGCAGAAGAGAGACCACAUCAGAUAUCCAUGGUACACUGUAACCUUGGCAUGCUGCUAACGAGGUACAAGCAUACCUGCUUGAUCCCUUUCCUUCCCAUUUUUAGUAUGAUGCGUGUGUGAUUUGGGGCCAUAUAGUACUCAGUAUCCAUAGUCUAGCUCCCACGGUACCAUCAUCUGACCAGUGUGUACAUUUGGGGAAUAUAUAGUUCCGAUUUUUUUCUGACUGAGAUAAUGCAUCCCACAUGCAACACAACCUUAGCUGAAAAUGGGAUAGAACGUCCCCCAGAACAGCCCUUGCACUAGCUUUAUAUUUUGUAUAAAAACAAAUAUAAACUCAGGUAUACAUCAUUUUAACAAAUUCCUGUCAGUAGCAACCAGAGAAAGUUGUUUCAUUUGGGCAGGGUAGCCAAGAAAAGAAUUCCUCUGCACUCUUUCAUUUUUUUUUCAGGAUGGUACUUCCUUCUAUUUAAGCAGCUCCUGUGCAAACUGUUGGUAAGUAUCCCUUUGGAGGAUAGCUUUGGUUUCUUGGAGAAUGUACUCUAGUACGUUUCAUUCAUCCACCAUUAUCUUUCUGAUUCUUGCUUACACGCUUCCGAGAUGUGCCUUAAUGUCACAGAAAUGUUGGCCUGGAAGGGAACCUAAGAAAUCACCUAGCCCAUUACUCUGCACCCUAGCAAUAUCAGAACUGACUUAUUCCAAAGAUUGUGAACUGCUGUGGGAGAUUAUUUGCUCCAUCCAUGUGGCAAAUUUAAUGGGUAGCCCUAGUCAACAAAAUUCCUCUGGAGAUUGAAAGGAUAUGUGCUACACAAGGUGCUUGCUUUCAGGUAUCAAUUUUCCUCUGCUUGUUUUAUUGCAGUACUGUCAUUUCAAUUAUACCUAAAAAAUUAGUGUGCUGAACCAUUUGAUUGUUGGAUGUGGAUAUUUGCAAGGUCAUCAAUAAUUGCUAGUGCAUAUACUUGCUUUAAUAGCUAAACACUCUUAAUUGUCUUUCAUGCAGAUAGGUUCCUCUUUUGUUUCUGCACUGCUCUAACCUGGACCCCCUGUGUUGUUCUCCCUGUGGAGUUCCACUUUUUACAAUUGAUCAACUUCAAACACGAUGUUGGCAGAGCUGACCUGCAGCCCAGAAAGUGCGGUUCUGUGGUGAAUGUGUCAUGGUUUCCCACUAAGGUGUCACAAGAGAAAAAACUUUUUUUUUCUUUAUUUAUUUUCUAAGGUUGUUUGUUUGUUUGUUUGCUUGCUUAGGAAAUGCUGCCUGUUUUAGUUUGAACGAUCUGUUUCCUUGGCAAAUAAAUAAAUAAAAUACAUACAUACUUACAUACAUAAGGCUAUCAGGUGUUUAAAGCUGUUAAAUUUCCAAAAGCAAGAGGGUUUGCCCUAGUGUCCUAGACACCAUCUUGGUAAUUGCAUCUUCCCUAACUAAAACCUUCUUACAGGUUCAUGCCAUUCUUCCUGUCCUGCUGAAAUAUUUUGCAGAGAGCUGCUGUGACAUUGUGUGUUAAACAUCUGCCACAAGUUUGUGCAGAAUUCAAUCACAGAUGAAGUGAUCCAUGAUACAUGGCAUGCAUAUACACAGAUUUUUAUUACGGUGGCUUCUAUUGACCUGUAAGAAUUAUUUAGGAGAAGCACUUUUGAAGAAAUCAGCUCAGUGUCUAAAUAUGGCUUCAUUUGAGGCCUCUAUUACAGAUUAUUUUUUCCCAUCCCAUCUCUUAUAAGGAGGCACUGAGAAAUGGCAGAUGCAUGUGAUCAGCUGUGUUUAUAAGACAAUAACCUUUACUCUGCCCAUUAAUCCACUCCAUAAAUACAACAUACAUUCCAGAGUGCUGUGCUGCCCCUACCAUCAGCGGAUAAAAACAACACGUAUGCACCUGCUAAAUAAAUAUUUUCCCCAGCCUCAUACGAAUGUGACAUUUCUUCCUUGCAAUUAUGCUGGCAAGAGGUCAGAGAGUACCGAAAAGUUCAUCCUACAGUGCUGAUGGCUAAGAUAAACUCACAAGGAGAGAGGAGUGCACUGCACAAGUGAUUUUCCGCACUAGCUGAGGACAUCUAGUGGUCCAUAAAACUUCAGACAAUCAUCCACAUACCAGUUAUAAGCAUUAUUAAAAAUAACAAGCCCUACAUAUUCUCACGCCACAGCAGUAAGGAGAAAAAAAUGGAGAAAAUAAGGAUGUAUGGAAGUGUCUGGUGUUUAGCUGCUGUAAAUGAAACUACUGUGGCAGCAGCAAUAUAAUUGGUGUAAGGUUCUUUAUCCUAAAAAGUUAGGUGGUCCUUGUCUUAAAGAAAGUGAAGAACCACUCUCAUGAGCCUACUGAAAAAGAGAAACUCAUAGGAUCCAGGUGAUGCAUAGCACUGGCUACUGGUUUAAAUGAGCCAGGCAAUUUUACGCUUCAAAAUUAUAACAUUAUACUGAGCAGAAAACUUUACUGUGGAUAUUUUUAAAUCCCUAUCUCAGAUAUGUCUGUGGAGCUAGAGCUGGGUGAGAAUGUUUGUGAUGAAUGAAAUCUCUUUAGAACUCUGUGAUACAGAAAUCAAAGUUGUUAUUAUUUUGAAUCAUCCUGCAUCCUGUAUUUGUUUAUAUGGACUAAUCAGAGACCAUGUACACCUGUUCUUUCCAAUAUGUGUAUCUCUGUGCAUGUGUGUGUCUGUUCACAGAAAAAGUACACCCAAAUGCAUGUUAAUAAAGUUUUCUUACCCAGGAAUG